AUGGAUGGAAAUGACCUUAAGUUACCGUUGAACAGAAGACGGGAUGCACUGAGCUUCAUACUACUUGUGAUUGAUGUCAAUGCAGGGCAGUUUUUCGAGCUCUGGAGGAUUGUGGCUGAAUUCCGAAGAGGUCUUCAGAGUACAUGUUGUAAGGUGGUCUGGUUAGACAAACCGACCGCACGUAUGAUCAAUCCGAUAAGGCUCGACCCCGGUGAUGAAUUUCUGUUACAGCCUUUCCAUGGCUCUCGUUUGCAUCGAGUCAUUAAACUGCUUCCCGAAUUCGGAGCUGCCUCGUCACAGGGAGUUUCAGGUAAUCCAGAAAGUUCAAAGCAUGCUUAUAACAAAGCAAGGUUGAGAAAUUCUCAGCAUAGUGUGGAGAUACUAGAAUACGGUAGCUCAAGUGAUGAGCGGUAUAGCAAGAAACGUUCCUCUUCCUCGCCUUCACUAGUUCGUACUCAUGGUAUGGUGACGUCAAAAAUAUCUCCGAUUCGUCGACAUGAUGCCGAUUCGAGUACUGGGAAGCCGUUGUUCGGGAAACGAAUCUUGAUUGCCGAGGAUAACAAAAUGCUAAGCUUCAUUGCUACAACUACUGUUAGACAGCUCGGCGCUGAUGUUGAGAACUGUGUAAAUGGAAAUGAAGCUGUAGAACUAAUGUUCCCAUUGGAUGGUUACGAAGCGACGCGACUAAUUAGAACAGAGGAGGAAAAAUAUGGUGUUCAUAUCCCAAUCAUCGUGUUAACGGCUCAUACAGAUGGCGAGGAGGCAGUGGAAACUGGGAUGGAUGCUCACCUGGUUAAACCUUUGAAGUCGGAAGAACUGAUGGAAGUCAUUGAAAAUAUCCAAAGAAAAAGCAAUGGUUGA